UUUGCACUCAUUUUUUGAAUUGACGGGUUCUUGCGUGUAGCGUAGUGUUUUGGUGUUUUAAUUUCUGUGCAUGGACUAGUGCAAUAAGGAUUAUUAUUACAUUCGGUGCAGUUUUUGGUUAAUGACUGUUUUAUUGGAUUAUAUAACGAAAAACGAUAUAACGGCUGAACACUGGCACAAGGAACAUCAUGACAAGGUCGCUCGGCGUUCUAGGAAUUUUGGCUGUAUUACUUGCUUUAGGGGAAAUUAACUGUGAUGCACCACUCUCAGAUUCGGCAUCCUUGCCGCUAGAACACAGAGCAGUAUACGGCCCUCCGUUGUCUGGCCCUGGAUACCUUCCGGCAGGACUUCUUGGAGGAGGCGGAGGCGGGGGCGGUGGCGGCGGCGGCGGUGGAGGUGGCGGAGGAGAUGACCCAUGGCCUCUAGCGACGCCGGAUAUGCCUCAGAUUAAGCACCUGCAAGUGCAGUGCGAAAAGACCCAUAUGCGUGUUAACAUCGAAUUCGAUCGACCAUUCUAUGGAAUGAUAUUUUCCAAGGGAUUCUAUAGUGAUUCGCAUUGUGUCCAUUUGAAACCUGGCACAGGACAUUUGAGUGCGACUUUUGAAAUAUUCCUGAACAGCUGUGGUAUGUCUUCAUCGGCAAAUCACAACGCUGCAAGUUACGGUGGGCCCACACCCAGUGGUAGUUACGUGGAGAAUACUAUAAUAAUCCAGUAUGACCCUUACGUACAAGAAGUGUGGGACCAAGCUCGAAAAUUGAGAUGCACCUGGUAUGACUUUUAUGAAAAAGCUGUGACAUUCAGGCCCUUCCAAGUGGAUAUGUUGCACGCCGUAACUGCGAACUUUCUUGGAGACAACCUGCAGUGCUGGAUGCAAAUUCAAGUAGGUAAAGGUCCUUGGGCAUCUGAGGUAUCCGGAAUCGUUAAAAUCGGUCAAACAAUGACUAUGGUAUUGGCAAUAAAAGACGACGAAAAUAAAUUCGAUAUGUUAGUGAGAAAUUGUGUAGCUCAUGAUGGAAAGAGAGCACCGAUACAACUUGUUGAUCAAUACGGUUGCGUAGUCAGACCUAAGAUUAUGAGCAAAUUCCAAAAAAUCAAAAAUUUCGGACCGUCUGCUUCAGUAGUAUCAUUCGCUUAUUUCCAAGCAUUCAAAUUCCCGGAUUCAAUGAAUGUUCAUUUCCAAUGCGUAAUUCAAGUAUGCAGAUAUAAUUGCCCGGAACCAAAAUGUGGACACGGUCUAGGAUUAACUAGUGAAUAUGGAGCACCGGCACUAUCGAACGCUCUUGGAGGCGGCGACUUCGGAGGGCAUGGUAGUCUCGGUGGUGAGUACGGACCACCUCCAUCAAGCGAAUACGGGCUGCCACCUGCAUUCCCUGAUCCAAGACAUCCAUCUGGACCAACAGGCGCAUAUUCGGAACAAAACGCCGACAUUGUUCCUGCACCACAAGCUCAGACUUCAUCAUCUUCCACAUCCAACCCUCCUAAUCUUUCAUCACCAGCUCCUCAGGCAUCAGCUCAAGCUAGUAAUGAAAUCCACUUACCGCCUCCACCUCCACCCGGUCACCAUGGUAUCUACAACACUGUUAAAAGGAAGAGCAACAUUGCCGAAGAAUUCGAAGGAAAUUUGGCUACUCUAGGUGGCCGACCUAGAUCAGUUGAAAACCUUCCCGCCGAGUUACAAGGAGUCAGAAGAAGACGUAGCCCAGAAGUCAUGACUGUCGUUGUCAGUCACGUCUACAAACGGGAGGCUCAAGAAAUGACCGACGUGAAUACUAGUCGAACAAUUCAAGUAGUAGCUCCAGGAGAUGUGAACUUCGCCCUCAACGCCGCUCAAAACAACGAAACCGUAGUCAUACAAUCGGCUUCUUCGCAAGAUCCAGAAACAAUUUGUAUGUCAGUUCCAAGUUUCGUAGCCGGUUUAGUGAUGCUCCUGCUGGUUUUAAUAGUGGCAAGUUUAGUAGCGGCGUUCUUAUUUGUACGAGUGCGCGCUAUAGAUAGGAAAGGAAUUACCCAAACGUUCGUCGGUGCUCGCGGAUACGAUAACGCCGAAUUCGUGAAAGUGGCAAAUUGACUGUAAAACACGUUCAUGGUAGGUGCAUUUUCUGAAAGUUCCAAAGAUGAUCAGGUUUAUCGAGUAAUUGACGCGAGUGAUUGUAGUAGUCGCAGGGCGACAUACCUAAACGUAUCCUACCAUUUCCUUCAUUCAUUCCUAGUCUUUUUUUUAACACACUCGCACGCGAAAUUGCUUGUGAUAACCUAAUUCAAUUCUGCUGUCACUAUUAAUUUUUGCUCAAAUAGACAAUGAUUAGGUUUUGAAAUCAUUAUGAAGCGUUACUGGAUUAAAAUGGGGUAAGGAGUUACACAUCUCAGAUUUGAAAAGGGUUAACAUGAGUUAUUUCACGAUAGCUCUCUUCGCUCCGCCAUCUCCUUACUCAUUUAUUAGCUCACCUUAUCGUUGUCAAACAUUUUGUGCUAGCAAUGGCAUUGCGUUUCUAUUCUGCUCUUGUUAGCAUGACCCAAGCAUUAGUUGUUAAGUAAGUUAUUUAUUUAGGUGUUAUUAUUUAUAAAAAAGUAAGUUUUUAUAUUGAUCGAAAGUUUGUUUGUUGUGGAUACAUUUUUAUUGACUGAAACGUCAUAAAUAACAUCUUAACGUAGCGCAAUUCGCAUGUUAAAUCAGAUAAAUCUUCUUUGUUGGGAAAUUUGUAUCAAUUUUUAAUUGCACACUUUUCAUGAAAAUUGAAUUAUGUUACGUUAUUUAUAGGACGCUAUAAAUCAUGACAAAUACCUGUUUAUUUGCCCGAAAAAUUUAUCGAUCAUUCAAAGGGCAGAUCCUAGUCUUGUAGUUAGAAUAUAGUUCACAUGUAAAUAAACGAUUAUAAAAAAUACUCAAAAUAUAGAAAAAUAACAUAAAAAAUCUUCAAUUUGUUUUGAAUUUUUUAGCUAUCAAUGUAUCUUACAUGUGUUUCUAUUUAUUUAUUUAUUUCAUUUCAGAAUCACAUAAUGUAAAAC